AUGAAGCGCAUCGCCCUUUCAGUGGUUACGCUCCUUUCCCUCGCAAACACCAUCCCAGCACUCUCCAGCAAGAAGAAUCUCAUCAUUGACACUGAUCUCUUCAGCGAUGUGGACGACGCCGGCGCCCUCCUCCUCGCAGCCACGCUCCCCGAAGUCAACCUCCUAGCCGUCAACAUCAACUACCCCUCGUCCUACUCCGCCCUCGCCGCAUCAGCAAUUCUAGCCCACUAUGGCAAACAGCACGUCCCGAUUGGAAUUCCGCGUCCCUUGACGAACGCGACCUUUUUUGAUGGUUGGUACUUUGAGCUGGGCGAAUACACCAGCAAGGUCGCCUACCAAUUCUCCGGCGGUAGCCUUCCCUGGGGUCACGCCGAGGAAGCCUGGGAUCCUGUGGCCCUAUACCGCAAAACGCUGGCUGAGGCUGAGGAUGGGAGCGUGACGAUUGUGUCGAUUGGGUUUUUGGAUAGUCUAUCACUCCUCCUCGACUCCCCCCCAGAUACUUACUCCCACCUCCCCGGCCGCGCCCUCCUCGCCCUCAAACUCACCGAACUCGUAGUCAUGGGCGGCGGCUACCCCUCAGGCCACAGCUGGAAUUUCUUCGGCUCCGACCCCCGCCACGCAGCGCACGUUAUCAACACCUGGGACGGCCCGGGCCGCGUGGUAUCUCUUGGUGACGACGUUGGGAAAUAUGUGCUUACCGGUGGGCCGCUUAUGGCUGCUAGGGGCGGUGGCUGCGGCUGCGGCUGUGGCCCGGAGGGAGGAGGACCACCAGAUCCGGUGGCGGAGGCGUAUAUGUGGUAUGGGUAUGGGACGCCGCGGCCGAGUUGGGAUGUGUUGGCUGUGUGGUAUGCGGUGUAUGGAUUGGGGGGGCUGUUGAGGGUUGGGAAUGAGGGGGGGUGGAAUGUGGUGGAUGGGGAGGAUGGGUCGAAUCGGUGGGUGGGAGAGGGAGAGAAAGUGGGUGAUGAAGGGGGGAGGAAGAAUGGGACACAGUUUUAUUUGAGGCUGGCGGUUGGGAAUGAGACGGCUGCGGAGGUGGUGGAUGAUUUGUUUUUGAAGGGGGCGUUGUCGGUUGGUGAAGAGGGAGAGGAACGGGGAAACGGGGAGUUUAGAGGGGGGAAGUGGUGUAGAGAGUGUGAGCAUGAGGAGUUGUGA